CGAUAAUUUAAGCUAUCGUUGACUGUCAAGCUACCGAAAUGAAGGCGAAUCGAAGUCUGCCACAGGAUCGUUUAGUAGACUGUGGCAAUGAUUACCAGCCCAUAGUGUUGCAAUAUAGAUCUGCGCGUAGGUAUUACAAGUGCAAAAACUAUGACGGCAGUCCCGGCUUGAAUUGGAUCGAAUUCUGCGUCCAUCACGAGGGGGUGCUUAAUUUUACCGCAAAUCCCAAAGAGCUGAUACUGAAUGCCCUCUUCGAUGCAGUGGAGGGUGAACACUUCUUUCCCCUGAACUAUCAGUGUGGUUCGCAUGUGGACAGCUUUUUGGUUCGCGCCUGUAAGCCGGCAUUGGACAAGUUCUUCAAUCGUGGCUUGAGCAUUCGCGUCGCCACAGGCGCAGAGAUCUCAUUGGCAGUGUGGUUCAACGUGGCUGAAAAUCAAAGAAAUCAAAUAUCCCCUCCAUUCGUCAUAUCUCAGGUAGUCGAUCGUCUCUUGGGUCGCCUGGAGCAAUAUAAAGGCGUGCAAAACGUUUUGAAUCUCAGCAACUUUAGCGCUCAUCCAUAUUUUAAGUAUUUUGAGGCUCGAUUAAGCAAUUCAGGUACCUUUCACCUGGUCUGCUCUACCAUAAACAACAACGACGAUCGUCGACGUGCCAUAAAAGGCUUUAGUUUAGCCCACAAUCAACUCAGCGAUCUGGGACCCAUGAGAAUCUUUGGUGAUGUGGACUAUGAAUUGUUGGAUCUAACUGGAAAUAUAUUAAGCUCCGCUAAGCGGCUUUGCAGUGAUCUACAACGCCUGAGAGCAAAACAGUUAAAUUUGGCAAAUAAUCCCGUAACAAAGUCUUCCAAAUAUCCAGAUUGCUUAAAGCCUUUGACUGGCAAUUUCAAAAUUGUGGACGGCGUACCCUUUGAUAAGCUUUACAAACUAUAUACGCCGCUCAACUAUGAGAUCGAUGUGGAGUGCGAUGGAGUGCGCAUCGAUUGGAGCAACAAGCCAAAGCUAUCACAGUUCAAGGACAGCAAGGAUUGGCAUGCAUUCCUGAUACCCGAUGCCAAUCAUGAGUUUAGCAAAGAGGAUCUGUUUAACUACUUCUUUAUAUUGGUUUCGCCGGAGUUGAGUGAAUUUUAUCCCUGUUACUACAAGUUUGAAGCCGGCGAACAUCGUUUUUUGGUGCGUGAGAGCUUCGAUCAGAUCGAGCAUCUGGUCAACAAUUGUAAUCUGGAAAUGAAGAUUCCUCAACUUGAGCCAGAUCAGCAGGAGUUCAGUUAUCAGCGCUCGAUAUCCUAUUACCUGCGCAUGAAUGUGAGCAUCGUGAAGCAAGGACAUGUCCACCCCAAGCAAUGUAUUGAACAAGCCCUACAGCAACGCUUCAAUGCCAUCAAUCGUGUUCUGAAUCUGGAGCAAUUCCAAAACUCUGAAGGAUUGGAGAAUGUCACCGUCUGCUUAAGCUCUCCGCGCAUCCUUAACAGCAUCCUUCGCAUGGCAUCUCGCAAAUUUCUGGGCAACUGCAUCGAUUUGCGCUUGGGCAACAAUAAGAUUUUGGGGCUCAACAAUUUACGCACAUUAUCCUUGCUGAAUGGCUUGCAAGCUUUGGAUCUCGGUCAGAAUUGGAUCUAUGAGCUAUCGCAGCUGAGUGCAUUGAGCGAGAUCCCUCUAAAAUCCUUGCGACUGCAUGGAAAUCCCUUGUGCCGCAAAUAUAGCUUACCCAGCGAGUAUAUUAGAGCUGUGAAGGAUAUAUGUCCAGGCCUGUUACGACUGGACGACGUGGAUCUAAGCACAAAGCCAGGCUUGACGUCUCAGAAGGAUUUCCUAUGCGAUCCAGCUGCAUAUGAGCUAACAGCCGAACUGUUCUUGUGCCCUUUCCUACGAGAAUUUGAGCAAUCGGAAAAACGUAUUAAUUUAAGUCGCUACUACACAAAGGACUCCAUAUUCACACUUACCUCCAGCUAUGACAUACGACGUUCUCACCCCACAAAGCCAACGAAUGAGCUAUGCAAAAGGAUCAACAAAUACAAUUAUUUUAGCAGAAAUUUGCUCAAGAACUCAAUGGACACCUGUCGUGUGCAUGUGGGUGAACAUGAUAUAAUGCUGGUACUGAUGCAGCUGCCAGAGGUGCGACAUGAUUACAUCUCGUUGCAAACGGAUGUGAUGCAGUACGAUGACCACUUGGCCGUAAUCAAUGUGAACGGUGUGCUGCGCGAUGAGCCAGAUUUGUUGCUCGCCUUUAGCAGACAAUUUGUGCUCAGAGUGGAGGAGACUGGAUUGGGCAUUGGCAAAGGAGCUAGGCGCAUGCGCAUCAUCAAUGAACGUUUCAAUAUUAUGAAUCCAUCGCCUAAGCAGCUCAGGGACGCCUUCAAAUUUGUCGAGUUGCCCACAAUGGAGCCAGAGUCUACUAUAAAAGAUGAAGGCUCUGUCGACGUCAAGGAGCAUAAAUUGUAUAUUUUUCAGGAGAUUACUGGACUGCGUCCCAAAUGGUGUACACGCAUCCUGCAAGAGGAGGCCAAUUGGAAUUUCCAACUGGCGCUCGAGCAAUUCCUUCAAAUGGACAAGCAAAAUGAGUUACCAGACGAAGCAUUUGUCUAAGAAAAUUGAAAUCUUAAUUCAAUAACGUGUUUUUUAUUAGCAUUUGUGACGCACUCGCAGCUCAAGUGCUUCGAUUAAGUCACAUUAAGAAGAAAUAUGACAGUAUCAAAAAUUACGCAGGCAAAAAAGGUUUUAUUUUGUACACUCAAGUGCUUGCAAAUCAAAUACCUGUUAUCAAAUAUUAUCUCUGUGAUUAAUUGUGAGACCUUUAAGCACUCGUUAUGCCUUAGCUUAUCAAUAUACUAUUUUGUUCUUUUAAUUUUUUGUAUAUUAUCAUCAGCAUUAUCAUUAUACCAAGAAAGGAUCUAGACAAGUCAUGCCAUGUCUCGUUUAUCUUUAAACCUGCUGUGUCGGUCUUUCUCUGCUUACGCUCUCUUCGCUGCUCGAAAUGUGUAGUGCAUGGUGACGCUCUGCCACUGCUUCUGUGGUUCUGCACUUGCUUGGCUCUGAGCUGCAUCCCUGUCUGCUCUGCUCUUAUUGUUCUGCCUUUGCUGUAAUUGCUCUGCUCGGCGCUGCUUGCUUUUUAGCUGCCUGACCUGCUCUGCCACUAGCUCCGCUGCUCGUAGUGCUCUCACGCGUCGGUUUGCUAUAAACGCUCGUGCUGUACGCUCUUUCGGUUCAGUUUCAUUUGAGACGCGUUCGUGUGCGGUUCUGUUGCGUUACGUUACUCUGCCCGUUUGACUGUUUACCCGCUCUGUGUGAAACGGUUGAGAAAUCUAUUACGCGCUAUUCUCGAGUGCAUUUUAAAUAGUUAUAUAGGUCUGUUCUCAAAAUCACAUUACAAAAUGUAUAGCUUUAAGC